AAUCAUCUUCUCAUCAUUAUUCAAUAGAAGAAUGGCGAAACCUAUCCAUUCCCAUGGAAGACUGUCUUUCCUUAGUUAUUAAAUAAUAACAUACACGGACAUAAGCAUCGGCAGCCCAUAACAUUCGCCAAAAGACAAGGCUACGGCCAUCCUGUCUGCAGUUAUUUCAAGAAGAGGUAUCGAUACACGUAAUAAUUCUUGGUGUAUCUAUCUCUUCUAGUGCACUUGAACCGCCAUUUUUGCAGCUUCUUUUUUUGUUUUUAUAGACGCUAUUAUCUUGCUUGCACUCAAGAAGAAUCUUAAUUUAACCCGUCUCUAUCAAGUUGAACUAUUUUCGAAAACCAUUGGAGCACUCUUCCUCACUCAUGGCGUCUAUAACACCCAUCUCCCGGACCCAAUCCCUUUUCAAGAAACCUCAAUUUUCAGUACUGAAAAAGCCUGAAGCGCACUUUUUGUCACUGCCCAUCUCGAGUUUUCCCCUGAAGAAAGUAAGGAUGGUGGUGGUUGCAGCUACAACAGCCGCGGAGAAGUCUAAGAAGAGGUACCCGGGUGAGGCUAAGGGGUUUGUGGAGGAGAUGAGGUUUGUAGCUAUGAAACUGCACACGAGGGACCAAGCUAAGGAAGGGGAGAAGGAGCCUCAGGGUCAGCCUAUGGCUAAAUGGGAGCCUAGUAUUGAGGGGUACUUGAAGUUCUUGGUUGAUAGUAAGUUGGUUUAUGAUACUCUUGAGAGGAUUGUGGAGAAAGCUGCAUUCCCUGAAUAUGCUGAAUUCAAAAACACAGGGCUGGAGAGAUCACAAGCUCUUGCAAAAGAUCUUGAAUGGUUUAAGCAUCAAGGUCACGCCAUCCCGGAACCAUCCUCGCCUGGUGUUAGCUAUGCUCAGUACCUUGAGGAGUUAUCAGAGAAUGAUCCUCAGGCAUUCAUUUGCCACUUCUACAAUACAUACUUUGCCCACACUGCUGGUGGGAGAAUGAUAGGGAGAAAGGUAGCAGAAAUGAUCCUUAACGGCAAGGAAUUGGAAUUCUACAAAUGGGACGGAGACUUGUCCCAGCUAUUGCAGAAUGUUCGAGAUAAGCUAAACAGAGUUGCUGAAAGCUGGACUAGAGAGGAGAAGGAUCAUUGCCUGGAAGAAACUGAGAAGUCAUUCAAGUUUUCAGGGGAUAUCCUUCGUCUGAUAUUGUCCUGAUACAUGAAACCUCCUAUUUCGUUAUGUAAUUAAGGUUGCUACUCAUGACCAUUGUUAGUACCCCACAUAUGUUAGCUAUCUAUGAUCUCAAGAUUCAGUUUCCUGUGUACAAAUUGUACUAUAUUUCUGAUUAUAAAUGGCCAAACUUCAACUUGAACA